UUUUGCUGACAUGCCUAUUUAUUUUGUCAUCAAGGUUGUAGUCAUAUUACUCAUAUUGUAAUUAUUACUAAUUAACUCAAUAAUCAAAACCCAUUAGUCAUCCGUCGAUUCGUCAUCUUCAGUCGCAACUCUUCUUAUUCACUACUAAAGUACUACUUGUUGCAGUAUUCUAAUAUUCUCUUCGUUACUCGUUGGUGGUUACUGGUACAGUCAGUAGUCAAACGUUAAGUACUUGAGUGUUUACUGUUAUUUUACUCGUUCACUAUCGGACAUAUUUUAUUUCGUUUGUUUAAUCUUAACUUUGCUCCCCGUCCAUACACCUAUAUUAAAAAAAAAUUUCUAAUUCCAAUAAUCUAUAAACAUGAGCUAUCCAGGAUAUCCUCCUAACAAUCAGGGAUUCCCUGGUCAUCCUGGAGUGCAACAGCCUGGCUCCCAGUUACCCUAUCCACAAUGCCCCGGAGGUAAUGUAGGACAACAAGGGUAUCCAAUGCCAAGUGCUUAUCCACCAGGCCAACCAAGCUACCCCCAACAGAGCCCAUACCCUCCUCAAGUAGGUCAAUAUCCACCGCAACAGCCCGGACAGUUCUUACCUCAGUCUGGUCAAUAUGCUCAAAAUCCAUCCAUGUAUCCAUCAUCUAUUGUACCAGGCCAAUUUACCUCACAGGCCUCUGCAUUUUCAAAUGCCCAACUGCCUUCUGGUUACGCACCACAGUCGGCUGCCUACCCAACUCAAUCAGCAUACCCAACUCAAUCAGCCUACCCACCCAUUCAACCAGCAACUUCAGUUUAUCCGAAUAUGACAGCAGGUGGUUACGAUGGUGGUUCUCGAGUUCCACCACAAGCAGCAUAUCCACCUGUUAGCACUCCUGCUCAUUACCAACCAUUGAGCAGCUCACCUGCUCAGAAAAAGUCUAAUCCAACGCUUCGUCCAGUCAAUCCAUUUGAUCCACGUCGUGAUGCUGAAAUAUUGCGUAAAGCUAUGAAAGGGUUUGGAACUGAUGAAAAAUCGAUAAUACUGGUCUUGGCCCAUAGAGUUAAUUCUCAAAGACAGGAAAUUGCAAUUCAAUUCAAGACUCUGUUUGGUAAAGAUUUAAUAUCUGAUUUGAAAAGUGAAUUGAGCGGAAAGUUUGAAGAUUUGGUUGUAGCGCUCAUGACACCUACUUAUGAUUUUCUUGCUAAGGAAAUUCAUAAUGCUAUUGAUGGUAUUGGCACUAAUGAAGAAACAAUAAUUGAAAUCAUAUGCACUGCUUCUAAUGCUGAGAUUAAUAAUAUAAAAAUGGCAUACCAUAAAUUAUUUGGAAAAGAUUUAGAAAAAGAACUUAUGGGAGAAACAUCAGGAACUUUCCGCAGAUUAUUAGUGUCGCUUUGUCAGGGACAACGCAAUGAAAAUACAUUUGUUGAUGUAGCAUCUGCACAAGCUGAUGCACAAAACUUGUUACAAGCUGGUGAACUACAAUUUGGAACGGAUGAAUCUACAUUCAACAUGGUCUUGUGUAGCCGUAGUUUCUGUCAACUACAACAAGUAUUUUUAGAAUAUCAUCGUCUUACUGGAAGAGAUUUUGAAGAUGUUAUCAAAAGUGAAUUCAGUGGAGAUAUUGAGAAUGGGCUUAGAGCAGUUGUGAAAUCCGUAAGAGACAAAAGUUCAUACUUCGCCAAACGUUUGCAUGAGAGCAUGGCUGGUUUUGGCACAAAUGAUAGAUCGUUGAUUCGUAUUGUUGCAACUCGUUGUGAAAUAGAUAUGGUUGAUAUUAAGAAUGCUUACAUGUCAAUGUAUGGAAAAUCUUUGGAGGCUGAUAUUGCGGACGAUACAUCUGGUGACUACAAAAAAUGUCUGACGGCUUUAGUUGUUGGCUAAAAAUCAUAAUAUACGUAUAAUAGUAUUAUACAGUAUUCAAUUCAAUUUAUAUAAUCAUUAAAACAUUUUACAUUAUUUAAUUUCAAGAUAUGAAAUUGAUAUUUACUAUUUUCAUUUUUGUUUUUUGCAUUUAAUAUUGAUAUUGUAUACAAAUAUAUUUUUACUCAUUCUUAAAACAAGAUUUAAAUUUCAUAGUUUAUUCUUUUUUUAUCUAUUGUGAAUCGUAUAAAUGUCGGUAUUUGAUAGUUAAAUACUUUGGGCUUGGGUAUUUAAAAAAUAAUGGUUAUUUUUAGUAUUACAUAAAUACAUCAUAAAUCUUAAACAUUUCUAUUUUUUUACCACUUAACACACGGUAUACAUUUAAACUCACUUUGCCAAAUUAAUUUGUAUCCAUUUUCAUUAUGUCAAUUUAUUUUUAUUAUUAAUUUUGAAGAUUUGUUAAUAUUUUCUAUAUUUUUUUUAUAUUGUUAAUUAAAUAAACCAAAAUUAAAUUAGCCAAAUCUGCUCGAUAGCUUAUAUUAAUUAUAUUAUGUAUUACAAAUACUUUAGAUUUUAAGCAGGGUAAAUACGUGCCACUCAUCGACAAAUAUUGUAAAACACUAAACGAAUUUUAUAAACUCAAUGUUUAUGACUGUUAAAAGUCUAAAAAUUGGUGCUUGAUCAUUUAAUAUUAAUUUGUUAUUAUACUUAGAUUAUUAAACAAAUUAUAAUUGUCUUAUUAUUUAUGUAUUAAUAAAUGCGUACGAUGGCGUUGUCAACUUA